UUUUAAUAUUUAGUUUUUUUUUUCAAAAAAAUAAAAUGAGACAUCAAUAUAAAAAUUCUGAAGAUCACUUGAAUAAUUUGAGAGAUUGGUAUCAAAGAAGAAGCGCAGAUUUCAAAUCAUUUAAAUAUUUGGAAAACAAAAAGAGGCAUUCUUUUACAAAUAAUUUAAUAAAUGAAAAUGAAAAAUUGAAAAGAAGUUUGGAAAUUGAAAAUUUAAAUUUUUUAAAAGAAUUUGAGAAUAAAAUUAAUUUAAUUAAUAAAUACAAAUAUCAACAAAAACAACAACAGCAACAAAAAAUUGUACAAAAUGAAGAAUUUAUAUUUAAUAAAAAUAAAGAUUUGUUUAAAUAUACGAGAAAAAUAAACUAUUUGCAACUUAAACCAGAAGAUUUUAUUGAAAUUAGUGAUGAAGAAGAGGAGGAAGAAGCCGAAAAUGAUGAAAAUAAUUUUGUUGAUGUUGAAACUUUUGGAAAUUCUUUGACAGAAAAUGUUGACAAUUCUUUUCUUCCUUUAAUUGAACAGACAAAUUUUGAAUUUAAUAAAAAGUCUCCAACAAUUUCCAACCAAAAUAUUACUUCUUCCACCAAUUCAUCUCCAAUUUUUAAAUGGCUAGAAUAUUUUGAUAAUUUUAAUUCUGAAUUGAUAAAAGAAGUAAAGGAAUUUCAAGCAGAUUUGAACCAGGUUUACCUUUUGAAAUUAUUAUUUUUUAAUAUGGUCGUUGUGAAACAACUACGCCAACAUUUAUCAAGAACUCUAGCUGAACGUAUUAACGACACAUCUAAAAAGACUGUUACAAAUCCAGAAAUUGCUGAACUUUCAAAUUUUUUCGACGACUUAUUUAAAGGCCAAACCAUGAUUUCUUGUCGAGACAAUUUUGAAUUUAAAUUGGAAAAAGAAGAUAAACAACAAAAUUUUUAUGCAAUGAUGACUAUUUGUGACAGAUACAUUGAACAACUUAAAUGGGAAGCAGAACUUGUUGAUCAAACACGUUUAAUUAUUGUUUUACUAAUGAAGAAUCAGCCAUUUUUCUAUGAAAUUUUUUGUGCUAGAAUUGUUGCUUCUUUAGUGCUGAUUUCUUUUGAUUUGGAGAAAAUAAUAAACAAAAUCGAUUUAUUCGAAAAAGAAAAUUCACAACAAACCAAUUCAGCACUUUCCCAUUGGAUUUCUGACGAACAAAUAAUCUUCAAAUUAUUUUGUAAAGUUCAAUUAGCCUUAAAAUCCUCAAAAAUAAAAGAAAAUUGGGAUGAAAAUAAACAAGAAAAUUUUUGGAUUAAACAGAGAGGGCCGAAACUUUUAAUCAUGUUUUUUGAGGAAAGUGUUAAAAUGGCUGAAGAUGUUCCUCUUUGUUCCCCUUUUGUUUUGGAAGAAAUGUUAAAAAAUCGUUCAACAAAAAGUAUUAUACGUCAAUACCCAGAAUUUUCUGAUGAAUUAAAACAUUUAUAUAUUCCAACAAUUAAACAAAAAUUAAUUAAAAUGGAAGAAAAUAUAUUUUUAUUAGAAGAAUUGGAAUUAAAUGAAGGAAUUAAAAGAAUAUUAAUUUCGAGACAAAAAUAUUUAAUUUGUUUAUUGGAAGCAGAAAUUAAUAAAUUUGAAGAAAAAAGAUGAAUUUGAGGGGGGCUUGGAUUUUGGAUUUUUUCUUGGAUUUUUUUCUUUUCAUUUUAUUUUUGAUUUAUUUUUUUAAUGAUAAAAAUUUAAUAAUUUAUUUAUUAGAGGGAGAGAACUUAACUUACUAGAAUUUAUAAAGAAACCCCUGAUGAAAAAUAUAGAAGCCUAGAAACUAUGAAAACCUCUGCCUAGGCUAACUAUAACGCAAAUAGAAUACUUUGCAAGGAAAACCAAGCGCCGUCUUUGAUCUUCUUCCAAAGCUUUCGUCACUCCAGCUCAAUCAAACAAAGCAAAAAAUUCGAAUUUCGCCUAACUAGAGGCCCAGCAAUUAAUGACGAAGUACGGGCCAGGGAUGUCACGGGUUACCAGCUAUCAGGACUUUUUUUCUGACCCGAAACCCGAUCUGAGAAGUUAUCUGAACCCGACUUUCUCCUCCUAAUCAACAUGACUGACUCGUAACCCGGAUUUUUUGACUCGAAGACUUUCCGUAGAAAAUUUUGAAGACUCAUCCCAACGUUUUUUCUACACGUACAUC